AUGGCGAAAGCAGAUUGGGGGUAUAACGGGAGAGGCAAAUGGUGUUCGUACAAGCGAACCACAAUCAUAAUAUGUUCAAUCAACAUUGUUGUUGCUCUUUAUGUUCUUCACUCUAUGUACACUUCGCUUUACAUAUACCCCUAUAACGAUUCACAAACCGCUUUUAGGUAUACGUCAGAUCAAAUUAGGAAAAUGGAAGAAUCAAUUCGUAUACGUAAAGCAUCGGAACCUGUAAAGCUUGUAAAAUUGGUGAAACAAAUCAAGGAGAAAUAUUUGACAGAAGAAAAGAUUGUUGAAUUGCCACAGCCUGUGAAACAGAAGAUAACCGAUGAGAUACUAGGAAGGUUGAGAGUCUUGAAUGCCAGCGCCAAUGCAACGGAGCUGCAAGACGCUGUUGAAAGUUGGCGCAAUGAAAAACUUAAAGAAGCUAAACAAAUUACGCAUGGGAAGACUGUAAACUCUACCAUCCCACCUGAGGAAGCUGGGAUGCUUGUAAGAGCUCUGGAGUCAAGUUGGGCUGAGUUGUCGGAGGACAUAGGUCUCUGGAUACCUGUUGAAAUCGUUCACAAAGAACAUGACGACAAGCCUGAGGGUGAAGAAGAGUCUGAAAAGGAAAUUUUACCUGGCAGGCCGCUACCUCCUGAAUGCCAUGGUGAACUGCAUACAGAUUAUGAUGGUGCUGCUGUCAGAUGGGGCCUUACCCAUCAUAAAGAAUCCGCUUAUGACUGUUGCCAAGCUUGCUUGGAUCAUGCUAAACAUGCCAAAGAGGGUGAAAAUAAAUGCAAUAUAUGGGUUUAUUGCCCAUAUGAGACAGGGUGCUAUUCUCCAGAUAUUUAUGAACACAAACAUGGGGAAUGCUGGCUAAAAUAUGCGGAAAAACCCAGACUUAAUUUUAAGAACAAAUAUUCAGACUCUUACAGAAAUGCUCACCCAAAUGCACCAGUUAUUGUUCCAUGGGUCUCUGGUGUAGUCGGUGCAUAAUUUUUCGCUUUCUUUUCAAGGGGCUGCAAAUAGGAAGCCAGCCUGAAGACUUACAGAGAGCUGCAAACUUGUGGUAUGAGGACUCUCGCAAAAAAAACACAUGCAGUUAGCUGUAUUUAAAUCCUUGUGCAUGCAAGUCUUAUAUCAGUAGGAGGUUUUUGAGGUUUUCUAUUUUUCCCUAUUUCUGUUUGGUGGUUUUGAAGGUUGGGAAAUACCACUCGCCACCGGAGGCAAGGAAGGGG